AUGCUGAUACCUCCUCCACUACUGUAAUCUACUCGCGUCUCCUAUCCGCUCUCUGACCUUCAGCCGCUCAGCGCCUAGACUCUCUCCUCCCCCUGAAUGUUCCACAGGCUGUUGCCAGUAACGCCGCCCCACCGCAAUCUCCGUUCUGAAGAAACUUUCGGUCCCCCACUACUCCCCCAUCACCAACCAACAUUACUGCCUCCAGCAAACAAGCUCUGCUCCCUGGCCUCCGAUCGAGCCCCAAUCUCGGCAUAUACUGCAGCGACAGGCACUGCCUUGCUCUUUCUCCUAGAAAACGUGGAUAAUUCCCUCCCUGAUCGGCUAGAAUAGCUCCACUAAGAGGAUCCAUAUCGCAAAACU